AUGGAAGAUGAAGAUGUGUGUCAAAAAGAACAGCAGGUGGUGGACAAGUUUCUUAGUGAGUUUCCUGAAAUAAAAGAGAAACUUGAGAACUGUAUAAGGGACCUUGAAGCCCUUGAGGAGAAUUCUGAGGCGACACACAGGGGCUGUACCAUUGCCAAUGUGGUGUCCGAUUCUGUGGGCAUCGUCUCUGGUCUUCUGACCAUCGCUUCAUUGCUUCUGGCACCUGUGACAGCGGGGGCCAGUCUGGGGCUCCUGGCAGCUGGGACGGGGCUGGGAACAGCAGCUGCAGCCACCAGUAUUACCUCAUCCAUUGUGGACAACUCAGUGGAUUUGUCAGCAUUAGACAGAGCUGAAGAGACUUUAUCAAAUGCUAGUCUGAAUGUUCUGAAUGAUGUGGAGGAGGUCAUCACAGAAGCCGCUGGAGCCUUAUAUGAAUGCAUCCAAGAUGGAAUGAAGAGUUGGGAGAACUUCAGGGCCAUCAGACUGGUCCAAGACAACACUGGAUUGGCAAGCAAUGACGAGCUUUCCAUAGCCAAUGCACGCCUCUUGAGGCCACCUAUUUUCGUGGUAGGGAGCACCUUAAGAGGCACUGUACUGUCAAUGACCAAGGCAGCCCGCAUAGGGGGUAUGGCCAGCGCAGGUUUCUUCCUUAUGUUCGAUGUGGCCAGCCUUGUGAGUGAGUCAAGGCACUUGUAUGAGGGGGCGAAGCCAGAGUCAGCUGAAAAGGUGAGGCUGGUGAUUGAGAAUCUGAAGAAGAUGGUGAGGGUUCUCACUGACAUCUAUGAGAAUUUGCAGAGUGGGACACAGUGA